GGGGGGGGGGGGGGGGAGUGAAUGGGUGCUAAACAACGGUGGCACGGGACGGUCCAAAAGGCCCAGCCCUCCGGGUCCUCUCCAGGGCGGACGGAAGAAAGAAGGACGUUCUCGAGGGGCACUCCGUAUCUCAGUGUGCAAGAAGAAAAAAAUUGUUUUCAAUUCAUUUUUGGGGGUUUUCUUUUUGCUGACCUCGGAGGUGAGGCUGUGCACCAACCGUCACACCCUGCCAGUGAGACGCCGGGAGGCUAUUGUGUAGGAAGUGUCAAGCGAGAGGAGUUCUUUAUCAGCAACCGGUGCCCUUUUGAACUGGUACCCACCCCAAUCGCCAUGACGCCAUCUGACUCCCGGGCUCUCCUCCUCUUCCUCGUCUCCGUCAGCCUCCUCUCGUCCCUGCUCUUUUACACUCUGCUGAAGAGCCAUUUGCAGGAGCCCCGCGCACACGCCCCUCCGAGGAACAUCAGCGUCCUGCUGUGGCGCUGGCCGUUCGGCCGCUCCUACAGCCUUGCCGGGGACAAGUGCCUCGAGAUGUACAACAUCAGCCGCUGCCUCCUCACCGACAACGUCUCCGCCUUCUCCACCGCCGACGUGGUCGUCUUCCACCACCACGAGCUCAGCAGGGGUCCGCCGCCGCCCUUGCACCUGGACCGCCCCGCCUCCCAGCGCUGGGUGUGGAUGUCCCUGGAGCCUCCGGUCAACAAUGUGAACCUUGCGCAGCUCAAUGGCCUCUUCAACUGGACGAUGAGCUACAGACGCGACGCGGACAUACCCAUCCCGUAUGGAAAGACCCUUCUGGGAGGUGACGAGCGAGGCUUCCCGGCUGCUCCGAAUCGCUCCUGCCUUGUCAGCUGGGUGGUGAGCAGGUACCAGCCUCAGCAGGCUCGGGCUGGUGUUUACCAAGGUCUGAAGAAGCACAUCCCCAUAGAGGUGUACGGCAGGUGGACCAAGAGGCCGCUGUCAGACAGGAAGCUGUUGCCCACCAUUGCAAAGUGUCUCUUUUACUUGGCCUUUGAGAACUCUGAGGCGAAGGACUACAUCAGCGAGAAGCUGUGGAGGAACGCCUUCCGAGCCGGGGCCAUACCGGUGGUCCUCGGCCCCGGCAGGGCCACCUACGAGGUCCUGGCCCCCCCCGCUUCCUUCAUCCACGUGGCCGAUUUCAAGAGCGUGGCAGAGCUGGCCGCCCACCUGAAGCGCGUGGCCGCCGACAGGGAGGCGUAUGAGGGUUACUUCUCGUGGCACCGCUCGCACAGAGUAAAGACCUUGACCGACUGGAGAGAGAGGCUGUGCCACAUCUGUGUCAGGUACCCCAGUUUACCAGCCAGCAGGGUCUACCAGGACCUGGAGGGCUGGGUCAACAGCUAAGGGUUAAUCGCCUCAUGCUUUCAGAGGCCGCUGAGACUGCUUUCAUUACCACAUGCAUGGCGAAAUACCACAACAGCGUCUCAGUCAGACAAUGCAAUUUUGGCGAAAAAGUGAGGAACUGCACACGACAAGUUCAACAAAUCCCACGCGCUUGGCUGUUGAAUGUAUAAGAAAAAGUGGAAGUGGUGACCUUUGUGAAACCAUUAGCUCCAACCAUAGAGUCAGGUUUCUCUUUUUCGACACCCACUUUUGUGUGCUCAGCGCCUCAGCGUGAUUCAAACUAUUUGAGUUCUGGUUUACUUGAGACAACUGAAGCAACCGGAGCCUGUCCCAGGUGACACUGGGCGAGAGACAGGGCUCCCCCCCGGACGGGUCACCAGCUCGUCACAGCGCCAACGUACAGAAACAAACUCACACCUACGGUCAACACAGGGCCUUCAAUUAACCGGAUCCCCACUCUGCAUGUCUUUGGACUAAUAAUAAUGAUAAUCAUAAUGAUAAAUAUAAUAACGACACACACCAAAUUUGAUGUUGCUAUCGCGAAAGGAAGGAGUUCCUUCAAGUAUGACGUGUGAAAAUGUCCAAAACGCGCCAAAUAUGCUCACUAAAAUCAAAAUGGCCGACUCCCUGUGGGUCGGGGAUUAAUGGCGCCCCCGGCCUUCUUUGUAGGUCUUGAUGUGAUACACGUGUCGGCCAAAUUUCGUUCAUCUAGAUCAUAUUUAAAGCUGGGGGAAAUGUGGUAAGGUGUUCUAUCGAGUCAUUUUGGCACGCCCAUGCCCGAGACCCCUAAAAUAUGAAAUUUCUAAAAAAUUUCACCGGUUCUGAUGCGUGUGCACAUUUUUCGGGCAGGUGGGAGUAGUUCAGUGCCUCAAAUUAGAGAUGUAUUUAGAGAAUAAUAAUAAUUCCUUCGAUCACAAUAGGUCUUCGCUCUGACUUCGUCAGUGGAGCUCGGGCCCUAAUAAUAAUAAUAAUUAAGUGGCACACACACACAUACAUGACCAAAAUAAAGUGUUUGUGUUUGGAAAUGAAUUAGACUUUUGCCCUUUUCUCCAUAUGAAAGUAUGUACGAUACAUUUUGAUCCAUAACACAAUGUCAUUUGUUGUUUAUCAUUAGCCUUUCGUGACAUAUUUGCCAUAUUUGAGAUGUGUUUCAGAUCGACUGCUGACAGUGAACUCCUUUUUUCCCCCCAAACAGUCUAAAUAAAUACACCAAAUAUCCUCCUUGUCCAUUGACAGGCGUUUUUAUGAACCGAACCCUGUUCCUAUGCUUCAGAGAAUUUAUCGGGUUCUCUCACCGACGUUGCCCUUUCUACUCGUCGACUGCAGACAGUGAACAACUUUUAUCUGUCAAACUUUUCAAAUAAAUAACGUGUCAUUGACA